UCGGCACUGCACAGCGUCCGGGGGUCAUCGUGCUGGUCGAUGAUAAUUCGUCGUGCGCGUUUGUAGUGUGAGUACUAGUCGCGACCGUGUGUGCUGUGUCCACCGUCAGCAGAUUGACCAGCCGUCGACGAUUCGUUUUCCGCAUUGCCGUCAUCUGCCGUGCGGACGUCGAUCACAGACAGCAGACGGACUUCUCCGGCGUGCGACCCAACGAACACGACGACAAAAGAUUCUACACAUCUCGAAAGCACACAUUUUUUUCGACAAUAAAAAAAAUUCGGACUUUUUUCCAACUUUUUUCUAAACCAACUUUUUGAUCGAUUUUUGCGAUCGAUUACGCUGACAUCCUCUAAAUUAAUUUUCACGUUCCUGUUGCAAUCAGAAAAUGUUGAUGGUUGUGAUAUUAUUGUGUCAUUGACUAGUUUAUGAGAUUAAUUAAAAAUGGGUCGAUACAGUGGGAAAAAAUGCCGACUCAUCACCAUGUUUUGGCUGACGACGUUUUUCUUUUUGGUAGAGAUCAUCGUCGGCUAUAUAACCAACUCGAUGGCCCUUGUCGCGGACAGCUUUCACAUGCUAAGCGACGUCGCAGCAUUGGUAGUGGCAUAUUUAUCGGUUAAAAUGUCACCAAAAAAAUGGUCAAAAAAUACAUUUGGAUGGGCAAGAGCUGAAGUACUAGGAGCACUAGUAAAUGCUGUGUUUUUAGUAGCUUUGUGUUUUUCAAUUACUGUUGAGGCUUGUAAAAGGUUUAUUGAAGUAGAGACCAUUCACAAUCCUAGAUUCAUUGUCGUGGUUGGAGUUUUAGGAUUAUUUGUUAAUAUUUUGGGUUUAUUUUUGUUCCAUGCUCAUGGUGGAGGAGGACAUGGACAUUCACAUGGCGGUAUAUCUCGCAGCCACACAAGGCUAACCCAAUUAGUAAGCGCUGGAGCAAGUGCUAAUGCUACUGAUGACAAUGAUAAUGACCAUCGUUUCAAUGUACCACUUAAUCACACUCAUGAAUCUUCUGCUGGUCAUAUGAAUAUGAGAGGUGUAUUUUUACAUCUUUUAGCCGAUGCUUUAGGUUCAGUCAUUGUAAUUGUAUCAGCUUUGAUUGUGUGGUUGACCGAUUGGAAAUACCGUGAUUACAUUGAUCCUGCUUUAAGUUUGUUAAUGGUGAUAAUUAUCUUGCACUCAGUAUGGCCAUUGUUACAAGAGUCUGCACUUAUAUUACUUCAGACUGUCCCUACCCACAUUCAAGUAGAUGCCAUCCAGAAACGACUUUUAGACAGAGUGGAUGGAGUUCUGGCUGUACAUGAGUUCCAUGUGUGGCAAUUGGCAGGUGAUAGAAUCAUAGCAUCUGCACAUAUUAGGUGUAGGAACUUGCCAGAAUAUAUGAAGUUAGCAGAAAAAGUUAAAGAAUUUUUCCAUAAUGAAGGUAUUCAUUCGACUACCAUUCAGCCUGAAUUUGUUGAAGUUGAGGUAACUGAAAAUAGAAACGAAAACCAGACUCCUACUGAAGACUGCGUAUUAGAUUGUCCUAAAACUGACAUACCAUGUCAAUUACAAACAUGUUGUGGCCCAUCAAAACAAGGUCGUGACACCCCAUCUCCAGUUGACACACCAUAUUUGUGUCGACAACGUAAUACUACUUCUGUUACUAUUGACGCCACCAACAAUUCACAGACUGCAAAUACUCAGGAGAGUGAAACAGAAAGUGGUGCACUAUUGGGUGAUAGAAUUAACAGUUGUCGUACAUCUGCAGKAGCAUUUAUAACUGGUGGAUAG